UCCUGUUCCCCACGGAGUUGCGUUUUUCCCUACAUACAUUCCCGUCGAUCCUGAACAGCGUUUCGGGGAUUCGCUUCUCAUCCCGUCCAUCCAAGCUUUGCUCGAGAUGGCAGGGAUGGAUGGUUCAUUCGGACGCGGACUUGGAACUAUCUCCCCUCAGCUUCGUGCAUCUGCAGCAUUGGUUACGUGUUUUCUCUUAUUGGGUUUCGCCCCGUAUUAAUGGACAGGACGAGGAUUUGGGAUGGCGGCUCUGGAAGUUUUUGCAGUGUUCGAGGUAAAAGGUCUGGGUAUGAAGGCGCAGGCCGUGGCACACACCCAUCACUGUGUAUGUGAUCUUGUUGGCAGGUCCAGGAACGGGGUUGUGUUUCUUUGGCGCUCCGAUCUCCCGCCUUUUCUUCUCACGUUGCUUUUUUAUUCCUUUUCAUCGUUUUUCUUUAUUGAGUUGCUCUUGUCUCUUUCAUUUUCCAGCAACCACGUCGGGGCUUUUUGCCCGUGUCUUGUCCAAUUUUUUUUUUCUCCCUCUCUUUCUGUUAGCUUUCUGGCUCUAUUUUUCCAAGAUGUGUUCGUCGACAUUUUCGAGAUACUGUUUUGUUCUUCUAUUCUUCUUCGUUUCGAGCUUUAUUUCAGAUACCUUGUUCGAUAUACAGAUUGUACUUGCGGAUUCAAGGGUUUUUUUUUUCUCUUUUUUUUUCGUUUUUGUUUUUCGUUUUCGUUGUGGUUGUCAGUUUCCAGUAUACAAUUUCGGGGGGUGCCUUGCGCGGAUACACCCAAGAGACUUUGGGGGCGAGGAAUGGAAUAUCCAUGGGAUUGGCAACAUGGUGAGGGCAUUCUCGUUGGAGCUGGGGCGUAUUCGCGGAUGGCAACAUAUCUCCCCGGACCUGACAAGCAGGUUGUUUAAUAGGAAGGAACAGAGUGGAGGGAACCCGCGGACCCGGUGGGAAAUCGGCGUCGAACCCGAUUUGUGUUAGGCUAUAACGUUGUUCAUCGCUGUGUUUUGUUUUUCCGUCAGUGUUUUUCCGUCAAUACCACUUCUUUUGAGCCUUUACCGCACG